UGCAGCCACUUUUUGGCUUUUUCCUCACUGGUUGCUCGCGGAAAGUCGGCUGAUCAGAUAUCAACGCUUCCCCUCGCUGCUGAGCCACCGAAGAGCUGCCGCCGCUGCUCGAGAGCGAGGGCGAGCCUCCUCUGCCCUCUCCCGCCCGAGAAUACAUUCAAGCCUGGGACAAGUUAUCUAACUAACUUGUGUGGCAAAAUUGAAGACCUACAUGACAAUGAAGAAAGAGACUGAAUCUGUCAUUUUCACCUAAGGAAAAAUGAUAGACAAAAAUCAAACCUGUGGUAUAGGACAGGAUUCCAUGCCCUAUAUGACCUGUCUGAUUCACUUAUUUGAAGAAUGGUUUGGCGUGGAGCAGUUGGAGGACUAUUUGAAUUUUGCAAACUAUCUCUUGUGGGUUUUUACACCACUGAUACUUUUAAUACUUCCUUACUUUACUAUUUUUCUUCUCUACCUUACUAUUAUUUUCUUACACAUUUAUAAGAGGAAGAAUGUAUUAAAAGAAGCCUAUUCUCAUAAUUUAUGGGAUGGUGCAAGGAAGACUGUGGCAACUCUGUGGGAUGGACAUGCAGCAGUUUGGCACGGUUAUGAAGUUCAUGGAAUGGAAAAAAUACCAGAAGAAGGACCAGCACUUAUAAUUUUUUAUCAUGGAGCUAUUCCAAUAGAUUUUUACUACUUCAUGGCUAAAAUUUUUAUCCAUAAAGGCAGAACUUGCCGAGUGGUAGCUGAUCACUUUGUCUUUAAAAUUCCAGGGUUUAGUCUAUUACUUGAUGUAUUUUGUGCUCUACAUGGACCAAGAGAAAAAUGUGUUGAAAUUCUGAGGAGCGGUCACUUGUUAGCUAUUUCGCCAGGUGGAGUUCGAGAAGCCCUUAUCAGUGAUGAGACCUACAACAUUAUAUGGGGUAAUCGUAAAGGCUUCGCUCAGGUUGCAAUUGAUGCAAAAGUGCCCAUUAUUCCUAUGUUUACACAAAAUAUUCGAGAAGGAUUUAGAUCACUUGGAGGAACAAGGCUAUUUAGAUGGCUUUAUGAAAAAUUCCGCUAUCCAUUUGCUCCAAUGUAUGGAGGUUUUCCAGUGAAGUUACGUACCUACUUAGGUGAUCCCAUUCCAUACGAUCCAAAGGUAACAGCAGAAGAAUUAGCCGAAAAGACAAAGAAUGCUGUUCAAGCUUUGAUUGAUAAGCACCAAAGAAUACCUGGAAACAUUAUGAGUGCUUUGUUAGAACGUUUUCAUAAGAAACAAAACAUCAACUAAAAGACGAUCGAAUAUGUUUAUAUUAAUAUGUUUGUGUCUAUAGUACUAUCUUCUAAAUUUUGUAGGUUCUAUAAUAAGUAUUUUUGUAAAAAUCAUGUUAGUAAGCAUCUUUCUCUGAACUUGUUAAAAAUUGUAUUGUCAAUUUUGUUUUUGUAAUUGUGUCAAAUUUUAAACAAUAACUCCUUUCAUGCCUAAUUAUUCAGAAAAUGAUCACAUUUCUUUUUAUAAAUUUCUAAUAAUGUAUGAUAAACAUAUAGAUUAUUAGAGUUAGGUUUAUUAAUAACAGCAGUCUAGUUAAAUAAACAUUCCUAAAUAAUGCAUCUAAUUACUAUAUCUGUUGCACUGAGCUAAUUUUGCAAGAUGGUAUAAUCUAGGAUUUCGUAUAGGCACUUAAGUUAGGGAAAAAAUGCUCAGAUGUGCCCUUCGUUCCUUUCAUGACCUUGAGCAAGUCACCUCAUGUUUUUGUGCCUCAAUAAUUUACUUUUUUAAAAAACAUGUUUAUACUAUGGUGAAGAAUAUUAUUUUCAAUUCUUUAUAUUUUCUGUGAUUGAUAACUCUAGAAUUGAAAUUAUAACCGAAUUAAUUAAACAAUGCCAAGGUCUUUUAUAAGUUCAUGUACAUAUUUUGUCCAUAGGAUGUUUUAAAUUAUUCCUUCAAGUAUGAUGUCAAGUUGCCAAGCAUAAUGAAAAAGGUGUACUGUUUUUCAAAUUGAAUAAAAAAGAAAUUAGGAAAAGUAAAAUUUCUAAUUAUUAUUUUUUAAUAUUAUAUUUUUAAUGAGAAUCUACAGACAAACAAUAUAGUGUGUGCUGUACGUUGUCAACCCUAUAAUAUGGCAUUAAUAGUGUAAAGUUAAAUAUCAUUGUAAGGUUAAAAAUCACUGUCAUGCUUUGCAUUUCAUAUGUCAAAUGCUGAUUCUAGGAUGAUGAAAGCAGAGUUAAAGAAAGCUCUACUUUUGCUCAAUUUCAUGGCUAUUCAUUUCGACUUUGCAACCAGUCAAAUGGUUUAUUGUUUCAAUAAAAGACGAAUGAUGAAUUUAUGUGAACACAAAGCUUUCUUAAAAAUUAAUGGCUUUUGAUUUGUUGUCUUCUUGAAAUCUGAAUUUAAAAAGUAUUUAAACAAUAGUACCGGAAAUCAAAUGCAGUAUCUCUCUCCCUUUUUUUAGAUAUUAAAUUACUUGAAUUUUUGUAUAUAUUUUUGUAUAACAUGAAUGUAUGAUAUGUGUAAUGUAUAUAAAAUUAAGCAACAUAAAAAUAAAAGUAAAGCUGAAUUGCAGUUCAUUUUCUUAUUAAAUUGCAUAUGUGGCAUUUUCUUAUUUUAAACCAAUUUCUCACCUGCAGUUAUGUUCAUGUAUCUCAGCCACAGUUAAUAAACCUUACCUUCCAAUGUGAUUAAAUAUAUUUUAAUUUCAAUGAAAA